AUGGUUGAAGGUGUUACGAGAACAAGUAGAAGGUUGGCUGUACCCUCAGCUUCUGACAGUAACAUCGUACCCAGCAUCGGACAAGAUGCAGCCCAGCCAACGUUUAAAUCGAGGGGUACCAAGAGACAUGAAGAAACUAGUUCUCAAAGUAAUAUCGUAAGAACGAGGACGAGAACUAGAGUUGAAAUCCCUCCUACUGCACAAGCUCAGAUUCAGUCAACGCCAAAAAACGAACGAUUUGAUUCAAGAAGAACUCGCACACGGAGUCAACCUGCUCUUACUGACUUAGAAUCUAAUAAAGAUUCUACAUUAACAAAGGAUACUGUCAACCGCAGUAGGUCUAGGGCGCACAGCAGACGACCAACUUUAACUACUACUACUCUUGCAUCCGUGGAACUUACUUCGCCUGCUAGUGACGAAAGCAAACUCGAAAUUAUUAAUUCUAACCUAGAUGACAUAACUAAAAUUCCUACAGAAGCACCCACUGCUGCAACGGAGGCCAAUCAAUUCAGACGCAGAAAUAUACCUCCAACUACAGAAAGCGUAACACCACAAAGAUCGCGAGGUCGCAUCAACACCCGCCCAAAUGUGAGAUCACUCGAUCUUGCUGUCUCAGGAACUAUUAAUACCUUAACGAAAGUAGAAAAAACACCAACCACAGCUAGAUCUGCUCCUGAUUUAAGAAACUCGAAAAAAUUGAGAUACAGAACUCGGCCUUCAGAAACUGAUACAAAUUUAACAGGUAAAGGGCUCCUGUCAGCUAACGAAGUUAUUAAAUCUAGUCAAAACCGAAGGAGCGGUACUAGUCAAGAAGUAACACCAAAUACUGCUCCAGUCGUGGCGGAAACAAUUAUCCAACAAAGCACAGAGACCAACGAACCUAAGACAACUACUACUCAAGUGACAAAAGUGAUAAAACGUCCAGUGCCCAGCAGACGAAAUGCGAACUUUCGCCCAACUGCAUCCUUGGCUACGGUUUCAAAGGUUUCCGAUGAAAUAAGCGAAGACGAUAAUUAUCCCGCUAGUUUCAAGGCUUUGAUACAAGCUAAGAAUGCGUCGACACAGGUGAGCUCUCCUACUACCGAGAGUUUAUCACUGAAAGGAUCACAAAAAGUUCACAAAACGUACUCGACAACAUCAUCACAUUCAACACUAACAGGCCCAAGCACAAACAAAUUUUCAAGGUGGCGUACUAAGCAAGCAGCAGAAGAGCCAAAAGUAGAUAACAUAGUGAACAGUAAAACAGUGGAGACUACACCAGCUCCGGAAGUGUCAAGGUCACAAACGUACAAGCCACGAGGCACCUAUGCUCCAAGAAAUAGGAAGUCUACAUUCACACCGUCUUCCACACGAACUACCACUUCUGGUGAAUCUAGUUCAGAAAAAUCUAGUUUUAAAUACAGUAGAAAACUUAAAGUGUCUACGACAGAAUUACCAAAACUUGAUUCCGUAAAAAGUAAAUCCGUUGAAUCUAGCCAAGAGAUAAAAAAACCUUUCGUUAGACCUCCAUUUAAUUUAAGAAAGUCUAAAGGGAAGAACGAAUCGAAGCUUGUUACUAGCAAUGAAACGACAAUAUCAGGAAAUAGAAUAAGGAAAGAGUCUUUAAAACCUUUACAAAGACCUACUUUACCCAGAACGUCUUUCUAUACAAAGACAAGAAAUUUGAAAACUAAAAAUGAUAUUUCAUCUACUAUGGAUCCUCUCAAAGAAGAAACAACUGAAGCAAUUAAUAAAAAGUCUGAAGAGAAUGUGGAAACUCCAUUUGUUUUUGCUUUACUAAAUAAUUCUGAAGCUGUAAGAAUAGAUACACAACCUGAAAAUAAAGAUAAUCAUAUGUUUUUGAUAGCAGUAACAAGCAAGGAGUCCUUAGAAAACACUACUAGUAAUGAAGUUACAAAUACUGCUGAAGAAUCUGAAAAUAAGCCUGUUGUUAACGUUUUACCAAUAGUUUCAACAAAGCAGGAGUCUGAUAGAUAUAAAUAUCAUUCAAAUUACAAAGAUCAAAACUUAAAAAAUACCGACAACAAAGAAAAAACUUCAUCAACUGUUUAUCCAUUGGUCAGAAACCUUCAAACAAGAAAGUAUGGACGAAAUCGUACCAAGUCUGUUACUAAUAAAGAUGUAGUUGUAACUAGUCCUAAAACAUUUAGAACCGUCAGGAAAUUCAGUGAAUCCUUCUCUAAGACAACUGAGGCCUCAAACAAUGGGAUUACACCUGAACCAGAAAAAACUAAGAAUAGGUUCAGUUCUAAGUACAGAGCCUCGUAUUUAGAUAAGCCAUUUUACAAACCUACUGUACCUACUAUAACACCGUCAACUGUAGAGGGAGAAGAAAUACAAUUAGGGCCAGAUUUGAAUGCUAUUUCCUUUACUCAAACACGAAGGACACUAGACUCGGCAGAUUUGAGACUGUCCGAGAGUCUGGUUAAGCCAUCACACGUGAUGAACGUUGAGGCGUCACAUCACUCACCAUCCGUUACAAUUUCUAUAUUUGAUGCUUUAGCUGAAAUACUUACGUCGACACCACGACCACGACUAUCAUCAACAACAGAAAUGACGAAAAUAAAACCCCUUAAUACAGAUGUAAAACAAGUACUCAACGGCGUGAGUAACAACGUUAAUGUAAAUAGUGUCCGGGGCUUAGUGAGUCAGGAUACAUUUGUGUUGACAAACGCCGAUGUAAGCACUACUACUAAAACUGUACAGCCCACUGUUCAGACACCAAAUGUGAUUAACAGUAUUUUGGUCGAGGGAACUGUUACACAGUCACUAAACACAGAAGACGGAAACUCAAUCCCUGUGAAUACAUUACAAACUUCUGUACCUUCUCCUAAAUCUACUCCUACUCCUACCACUCCAGUUUCCGCACGAAAACCAUUUGCUAUUAGAAUUCUAUACUCAGAUACAGAAUCAUCAACCGACAAACUCACGACUGCAUCUCAACCAACUCAGGGAUCGACUGACAACCCAAAAACGGUAUAUAACUCAGUGUCUGAUCUUUUGUUGUCUAAUAAUAAUUUAGUGUCGUCUGAACUAACUAGCAUGUUGUCUAAUAACAUAAAAAAUAUUAUUGAAAAUAUGGAUGAAAAUAGUCGGUCAAAGUUAAAUACUGUAGAUAUGAAUAAAUUUUUAAGAACUUUGAUCCCUCGAGCUUUAAAUGGACUUGCAACUGCACUUGAUAAUGCUGAUGCAAUUCCUAAUACAACGCCUUACAGUUUGGAUGACAUUAAAGACACAGAAAAUAUUGUAAUUGACGGGAUUGAGUCCAAUAAUGUCGUUCAAAAUGUAGUUACAGACAGUAGUGUAAAUAUCACAGUUGUAGAUAAAAAUGUAAACACUACAGUUGCACCAAUCCCUGCUGAUGUAAAUAGCCCUGUUGCCACAGGGACCACAGCAAUCCCUAGUUCUGAGUCUAAUAGGCAAGUGACUACAGCUGCUACUGCAACUACAGUAAAUUUAUUGGCUAGUUCUCAACGGUCUAGUUCUGAAACGACAAGCAUCACAGUGAAUUCGGGAUUAGCUACGUCACCUGCCUCUUUAGAUACAGACAGUUUUAAGAUAGACACGAUUAAUGACACAAUAUCUAGUAAUUCUACUAACAACUUUGUCCCUGUACCUUUUUUUACCAACUCCCGUGAUGCAGGUUUCUCUGACAACGAUGACAUUGAAAGUACUUCAAGUACAAUUGCUAAUCCCUUAUCCCUAUUAUCCACACGAGUAUCAUCCCCACAAGAUGUGGGUCCUAAUAAAAUAUCCCCAUUACAAUUAUGGGUGCUAUCCAAAAAGGCUCAAGUUUUGAAAAUGAUAGAAGACUUAAUAAGGCAACAUAAUACAGAACUAGCGACUGCACCGCCUUUAACUGACUUAGUUAGGUCAUCUGAUACUGUUAAUUUAUCCGAUCGUUUGAGUGAUAUAGUGAAUACAAUGAUUUCUUCGACAUCGACUGAAAUUGUUACGACUCGUGAUAUUGAAACUACGUCACCUAUGACUACUGCAUCCUUUACAAUCAACCCCCUUUCGACUGUUUCAACCGAAACCACUACAAGUGGUAAAUCAGAAAUUGUUCUUACAACAAACCCUACCGAAACAACAGUAACAGUAGUAAAUGUUGAUGUACCUACAACGACUGAACCCUAUACCUUUACACCCUCUUCUGAAUCUUUUGAAAACAACAGUGGCUCAACUACCUUGUCUUCUGGUACUACAGUAAUCAGUACAGCAUCAAAUGACAUUUUCACUUCUACUUCUGUACCUACAACGAAUGAUAGAUUAGUUGAAGUGUUAAGUCGACUCCAAGAUAGCACUGCUACCACUACACCUAUUUCAAGUGCAGAAACAACAACUACUUCAACAGCUGCUACUACCAUGGAGACUACAACACAAGCAACUACUGAAACAAGUACUACAAAUUUAGAUAUUACAACUGCUGAAGCUUCUGACAGUAACACCAUACCAACAACAAUUAAUACUUUGAAUAUCGGAUCAUCAAUAAUCCCGAAAAAAGAUUACGUUAUAUUCGGGAUCUUACCCAACAACACUGUGGUACGUAAAGAUCCUAACCAGGAUAUAUUGGAAACAUUAACAGAAGCAAGCCCAUACAUAAUUUAUGGUAUACUACCCAAUAACACAGUAAUACGUAAAUUCCCGAAUGGGACUAGAGUGCCACGAGUCAUGCAAAAAAUUGACAUACUACCAAUCAGCCCAUGGAGUCUAAGAAAUCCAUACAGCCCAAUCCAUAACAAUCCGGCCAUAGUCAGACCACAGUCUAACCCCAUCCGAGUAUCCACUAAUACUGUGACAUCCACAGACACAUCAAAUAACGGAACGGAAAGAUUAACCAACGACACUGUAAAUAACCAACAAACGAUGACAAAACAAAUACGAACUGAAAAACCAGGGGAAGGUGAUACAAGUGCGGUAUUUAAAUUUAUACCAAUAGAUGAAAUUAUGAUUCAAACACAAGAUUCUAAUGUACUGAAACUAUCUUCAACAAAAGCUCCUCCAACAAAAUCUGGGCAAUCUAAAGUUCAAACAGUAGUAGCAACAUCAGUGACCGAAAUUAAUACUCAAACACCACAGAUUCAAACUCAAGAAACAACUGCUGAAGCUACAACAUUUCAAAUAACAACAAGUAUUGUGCCGGAAACAACAGUGGUUCCAACAACUAUGCUGCCUUUAAAAACUUUAAGUGUUGAAGAAGAGUUAAGACGAUAUCAAGAAGAUGUUCAACUACUUAAAACACUGCUUCAAGCCACCGGCAGAGAUCCUAAAUCUUUAAACUUAAAUCCAAAUUUCUUUUCAUUUGGAGAUCUCACAUCUACCACUGCACCGACAACUACUACUCAACAAACAACAACAACAGCAUCUACUACUACUACUCAACAAAAUGAUGCAGCUAAGUUAUUGCAAGCGUUAAUUACAAAUUUAAAUAACCCUACAACAUUAUCUGUCCCAAGAGAAGCAACAAAACAACAAGUGACAACGACAACGAGAUCUAUAGAGGAUGAUAUCAAACAAUUUGAAGAAGACACAAAACUCUUACAGGCUCUGUUGCAAGCAACUGGGCAAAAUCCAGCUAACCUAAACAUACCAUCAUUAGAUAGCUUAACAACAACUCGAACUUUUACCACGAACACGCAAACUAUACCAACAACCACAUUUGGACCAACUACAACAACUGUUAGACCUACCACUACUACAACUGCUAGAUCGACUACAACGGUUAGACCAACAACAACAGAAUCAAUUGAAGACGACCUCAGACAGUUUCAAGAAGAUACGAAAUUGUUACAGGCUCUCUUACAGGCCACAGGUCAAAAUCCACAAAAUUUGAAUAUUCCAAUUGUAACCGGAGUGACGUCAAAUCCUACAACCGAGAAUGUGAAAAUAUCCACGACUUUCCAACCUUUUAACCAACGACGUCAGCCAACAACAACAGCUAAGGGUGCAGUACUCACUGGCCGUCGCGCUCCUGGAUUUACAUCUACAACUGAAAUGCCCAGUACCUCAACAUUUUCUGUUGAAGAAGACUUGGCUUUCCUUAAUAAUCUGAAAACUGCCUUGAAUACAAAUCCCAAGAAUGAUGAUCCUGAAGCUGCACUUGCCAAUAGAAUAAUAGCUUUAGCUGUCGAAAAAAGUCUUAAUGAAAUACAGACUGGAAAAUCUGAUGCUACUCGUACAGGGAAAAAUAUAGCAUUUCAAGAAGACACUAAACUUCUCCAAGCAUUACUAAAAGCUACAGGACAAGACCCAUCUAAAUUAAAUUUACCGACAUUACCACCAAAUAUAAACGAUGUACAGGAGACGACGACUCAAAAGACUAAACUUACCAUAACAGGACAAUCUGCUGAUGAAGCUCUGAAGAAGCUGGUUCGUCAACAAAAACCAUCGGGUAUGGUGUCAGAAGCUACUCAAUCGCCUAUCUCCUUGAGCACCGAGUAUGGAAAGAGUAACGACGCGUUGCUAGCAGCAUUGUUGAAGGAGCAAGGCUUUGGCCCAACCACGGCAAGUUCUUUGGACGAGCAACUUCGACUCUCUGCUUUACUCAACCAAGUGGUAGUGACACCGAAGGCAAGGCGGACAACCACACCUCCGCCACCACCGCCGCCUGCACCCCGGAGGCCAAUCUUAGAUGGCUUAGCUUGGCUCUGGCAACAAUGGCGAGAAACGGCUCCUGGAAGCGGGCCACCAAGGCCUGGCCGAGGGCCUGCAUCUGCUCCUGCGCCAUCAGCCAGGCCAUCAAUGUCAUCAACAGCGACGAGUAAUGGAGCCAGUUGGUUAGGCUCUGGGCCGUUCGUUGGCAACGCUGACGACACGCCAGCGAAUAGAAUUCCUCUGGAGCCUCCGAGAUCUGUGGCAUCUGAACAGACACCCGGUAGGGGGCAGCUCGUGUCUGCAGCCAUUAAUGUAACCCGAGCCUUCUCGCAGUUCUUAGGAGCUGCGAUACAGGGCGCUGCCCAAACCGUCCAGAGCGUAAUUCGGGCCGGUCAAAGAGCGGCCAGCGAUGUCUACGUCAACGGUUCCGGCGGCUCAGGAUAG